AUGCGGGCUCAUCGCUUUUUCUUCAUUGCGGUACUCGGCUUGAUACCCGGCCCUAGCUCUCAGCAAAUUUCAGUUAUUACCCCAAAGUGUGAUAAAAAUGCAAACGUCAAGUUCAAUCCCGAAAAUUGCAAAACAGCUUUGAAACGGGUGCUAUACGAGCCCGGAAACAUCUUGGAUAAAGUGGAAACACACGUUGAAAGGGCUUCCGGAAGCUGCGUUAUAGUUUUCAGCUCGAAGAGUAAAGUGCCCAGCCCCAUCUCCAAAGAUUCAUUUGAACUCAGCAUCAAUAAGAUAUUGACACAAUGUAAGGAUACCGCCGGAUCCAUAUCUCACCCUUCUAUUUCAGGGGUCACUUUUCGGGUCAGACCCCGUGGCAAAGACCCGGUCUAUGAGGAAGACUUUCCAGCGGGAAAACCAGCGUGUUAUGAGGUUGCAGACGCAAGCAAAUCGCUCAGCGGAUUGAAAGCAGAUUGCGAUGUAGCCUACGAUGCAAUCUUCCGCUAUAACGACCAGUUUUUUUCGUUGGACGGGUACAACCCAACUAAUGUGGCCAGAAUAACAGUUGGAAUAUGUCAGGUACAAGUAUUCACAUCAGAUGGCUCAACCAUCAAGGCUUCCGUCCAACAACUUACCUCAACAUUCAAAAAAAUGACUGCUAAAUGUGAAAAGCGGUUUGGUGUCAUCAUUUCCAACACCGGGGCAACUGGAAGAAACGGAAGAGUAUUCCUGAGGACUGUCCCAGACAGCAAAAAGUAG